AUGAACGAGCGGCAGCAGGAGGAGCUCAUGGCUCUGCAGGCCAUCUACCCCGACACGGUUUCGUGGACUCUGUCAGAAGAUGGACAAAAGGUCUUGGUCAAAGUCGCUCUGCCUGUCGAGUUCGAGGAGGACAAGGAUGUCGAGGUUUGGGACUGGAGCGAGGAAGAGGCGACAGCGAUUGUUCAGCCGCUCGAUACACUUGUCCAGCAGGUGGCGACGCUCGAGGUGACAAAGGAGGAGAAGCAGGCGAGCGCACCAGCUGCGUCUGGACGGAACAAGCGACGACGAGGCGGUCGCGGUCGAGGUGGGGGUGCUAGUGCAGGGUUUGACGGGCAUCGUGCUGGUCCCAACGCACGAUUGGCGCCUACUGCGGAACCAUUUCAGCCCCGACAGCCGCCUACAGCGCCCCGAAUCGAGCGUGACGCCUCUGCUCGAACUCCAAAAUCUUCUUCUUCGCCUCCCUCUGCCGACAAAAUCCCCCACGCCGCUCCUGUAGCCUCGACCAAGACAGCGCGGGUUCGAAUCGCCAGCCGCCCCGUCGAGACUGCAUCUCCUGCGACUCUUCCUGCCGCUCGAUCCGCCCAAACUUUGACAGACAAGCAGCCUCGUCGACUCAAGCUGCGGCAUCUUCCGCCACUCGCUCUCGAUAUUCGACUUUCCGAGGCGUAUCCCGAUGCGGCUGGCCCAGAGAAGGUGACGCUGCUGGAAGAGUUUGCCUGGCUUGGGGAGGAGCGACGACGGAAAGCUGAGGAGACGCUGGCUGCUGUCUACACGGGCGACGAAUGCCUUUUCGCCCUCGUCGACCUGGCUUCUUCCUCUUCACCGGACUUUACCUCCACCUUCGCCCUUUCUUUUCCGCUUGUCCUCCGGCAGACGAAGCCCUCAAUUGACACGACACCUCUCUCCGCUCGUCUCUCGUCUUUCAACCGCGAGGCACUAGCCGAUCACUUCGCCUCGACCUCGCACACCUGCCCUCUCUGCUUUUCCCCCUCACGCGGUUCCGCCUGCAUCCGCAUCGAGUCCUGCGGCUGCGUCUUUGACAAGACCUGUCUGCGGGACUACUGGUCCCUCCUCAUCCGCGAAGGACUCGUCCGAAGCGUUGCAUGCCCGAGUACGGGAUGUGUCGAGGCGAGGGCGAAGUGGGAGAAGCAGCUGGCUGCGAGCGGGGAGAAGAAGAUCUUCGAGCGGGAGGAUGAGAAGCCAGGACGGACGACGGCGGAGGAAGUGGAGAGUUUGGUCGGCGAGGAGGGGAGAAGAGAUCCGAGCAUCACCUUUUGCCCCCGCGACUCGUGCCAGGCGGCGGUGCCGAAGCUUUCGGAGGACGAGGAGAAGCUGCGUGUUUGCCCAUCAUGCGACUACUCGUUCUGCGUCUUUUGCCGACACGGCUGGCACGGCGCCCGCAACGCCUGCGCUCUUCCUCAGUCGUCCGCCAUCGUAUCAGCCUACCUCUCCGGCACAGACGACGAGCGCCGGACGCUCGAGCUCCGGUACGGGACGGCCAACAUCAAACGGCUCGUCGCCGCGUACGAGGAGGAGAAAGCGCUUCAAGAGUGGCUGGCGAAGAAUUCGACGCAGUGCCCGGGGUGCGGUACCCCUAUCGAAAAGAGUCAAGGUUGCAAUCACAUGGCGUGCGGACGGUGCAGUGCUCAUUUUUGCUUUCGUUGCGGCGCUUCAAUCUCGCCGUCCGACCCGUACAAGCACUUCUCAGCGGAACACAGCACCUGCUACGGCAAGCUGUUCGACUUCCACCCAGGCGGCGAACCGGACGUGGGCGAGUGGAUUGGCGAGAUUCUCGCGGAGGAAGCGGCGUGA